AGACUCAGUUGAAUCGCGGUAUAUAGUUCAUUUAGGGCUAGUGUCAUGUGAAAAAGAUGUCGACGCCGGGCCUAGAGCACUGGGGAGACAUUACCAUUGUAGUGGCGUACUUCGUGCUAGUCCUGGCUCUGGGACUGUGGACAACAUGUCGACCGAACCGAGGCACAGUACAGAAUUACUACCUGGCAGGGAGGAACAUCAGCUGGUUUCCGGUUGGGGCGUCAGUCUUCUCCAGCAACAUCGGCAGCGAACACUUUCUUGGACUGGCUGGACAGGGAGCAGCGGCAGGGAUUGCCAUGGUUACGUAUGAAUUCAGUGGAAUGGCAGACUUGAUCGGGCUCAGCUGGCUGUUCCUCCCCGUGUAUGUCUCUGCUGGGGUAUACACUCUCCCCGAGUAUAUUGGGCGGCGGUUUGGUGGUCAGAGGAUGAGGAUCUAUCUCAGCGUCCUGUCUCUCGUGCUCUACAUCGUCACAAAACUCGCCGUCAGCAUCUACGCUGGAGGUCUGUUCAUCAAACUGGCUCUUGGAUGGAACAUGUAUGUCUCGAUAACAGGACUGCUUGUCGUCACGGGCGUAUACACCAUACUAGGGGGACUGACGGCGGUGAUCUACACAGACACGUUCCAGACUAUCGUCAUGACAGCGGGUGCCAUCUCCCUCACAGUACUGGGCUUCCAGAGGAUUGGUGGUUACAACAAACUUGAAGACCUCUACAUGAACGCCAUACCCAGCGUCCGUGCCAACAACACAACCUGCGGUCUACCCAGGGAAGACGCCUUCCACAUCUUCCGUGACCCCAUGACCUCGGACCAGCCCUGGCCAGGUCUGCUGGUCCACUCCUCUCUUGGGGUCAUGUGGUACUGGUGUUGUGAUCAGGUGAUUGUACAGCGCACCCUGGCGGCGAAGAGUCUAACUCACGCUAAGGCAGGAGUUCUGGCUGGCUAUUUGAAGUUUCUGCCACUGUUCAUAAUGAUCUUCCCAGGGAUGAUCAGCAGGGCACUGUUCCCAGAUGUUAUAGCAUGUGCGGAUGCUGCCGAGUGCGAGAGGCAGUGUGAGAACCCGGCUGGGUGCUCCAGUAUCGCCUACCCCAAGCUGGUGCUGGAGAUCCUCCCAAUAGGUCUCCGGGGUCUCAUGAUGGCGGUGAUGCUGUCGGCCAUCAUGAGUUCACUCACCUCCAUCUUCAACAGCGCCAGCACUCUCUUCACCAUGGACCUGUGGCGGCGCAUGCGCCCGAGAGCCCGGCAGAGGGAGCUGCUCAUUGUUGGAAGAGUAGCUAUCGUAGCUUUGUGUGGAGUCAGCAUAUUGUGGAUUCCCAUGAUUCGCUCCUCCCAAGGGGGACAACUCUUCAACUACAUCCAGUCUAUCCAGGGAUACCUGGGAACCCCAAUCGGGCCCCUUUUCAUCAUGGCGGUUCUCUGGAAACGGAUGAACGAAGCAGGAGCGUUUUGGGGUUUGCUGAUAAGUCAGAUCUGCGGGGUGGUGCGGAUGGUUCUGGACUUCGUGUACCCCAUGCCUCCCUGCGGUGAACCGGAUACACGCCCCCUGAUUGUGUCCUCCGUACACUACACCUACUUCAGCAUCUUCAUCUUCUUCUUCACCGGCGUCUGUAUCAUAGCCUUCAGCUACACCGACACACCGCCAACAGAGGAGCAGUUGCGAGGCGUCACGUGGUGGACGAGGGUGGGCCAGAAAGAGGAACCUUCCUCAGAUGUGGUUGAAGAGCGGGACAAGAACGACAACUCUGACAGACAAACAUUUGAAGUGGGAUCCGCUGACCCAGCCGAUGAAACAAGAGAGAACAGGUGCCUUCACUGGGCAGACGUCAUCUGCGGCAUUCCAAAGGAUCAUGGGACGGCGGGUGAAGUCAAGGAUAUUGACGACGACCGAAAGCGCAGCUUCCUGAAAGACAGUUCCAAAUGGAGGAUGAUUUUAAACGUCAAUGCUGGGUUUGGACUGGUUGUAAUGGCCUUCAUGUAUGGCUAUUUUAAAUAAAGCAUCACGCACGUUAGCGCAGCAGAAAAUAUUUGCUUCAUGCUGAUUGGCGGAUUCACGCUAGUCGUUCCAUUAUCUACUUCCGUUAGUUUGAUCGAUCUCGCAUCAUCUUACACCGUCUAUUUAAUGAUAUGUUUUUCAUAUUUGAAAUCUUCACACAUUGCCUAAAUCUAAUGCCUUAAAGUGGUGAUACGUCAUGGUGGAAAUAAAACGUGAAAAAACAAUUCCCA